AUGGUACCUCACACCCAUUCAUAUUAUCGUACAGCGAAGAAAAUUAUUCGUCAUCUCAGUAAUAUUUCCUUCUUACGUACGUGCAAGUCGUUAAAUGUUAUACCUAAUGGUUUGCGAGCUAAAAACAUACUGGAAAACACCACCAACUGUCCAGCAGCCAGGAAACUAACACAACAACAUAGCAGACAGUGGUUACAAUUAGCAAUCAAUACUCAAUAUCACCGCUUAUAUAAGACUCGCCAGUACGUAUUUCCACUGAUUCAACACGAAGAUCAAGAAAUUGUACGCUUCCAAACCUCCCUAAACGAGACCAAACAACGUAAACUCCAGCAACUACUGAACCGACAAUGCCACCACACUUCGUCAACAUCAACUUCCAACAAGCCACAAGGAUUCAAAAACAUAUCGUCUCAAGCGUUGAACGAUGGUCUUAAAAACAUUCUGGAAAAGGGCCCCUCCUUAGUAAACGCCGAACCUAAACAUCUCCCCAGACUUAGUUUACUAGCUAAAACCAGUCUUCAACAUGCUACAGACCAACUCAAACGCCAAAACACUCCCGACAACGCCAUAAAUGAAUUCAAAGGAGGGAUGGCUCGCGUGAUCGAUGAAGGUAAUAAGCAUGGUAAAAAGAUUCUUAAAAAUAAGUCACUAACCUAUGAUUUUCCACCAAAGGACAUAGUUAUCACCCCCACGGAUAAGACUAAACGAUUACUUGCUUUGGAUUCAACAUCAUAUUAUGAUAGGCUACAUAGAUCAACAAAAGAGACAGGAAAUUAUAAAGAAUUAAAUAGACUAAAUCUACCGAGGACGGAACAAAUAAACUUUAAUACCCGUUUGAACAAAGUUACUAACAAAUAUCGAUAUAAGAACCCCAAGUUAUAUAAGGAUCUCAAAGCUACUAUCUGCUGUGAACCACUACCCUGCUCUGCCUACUGUCUACCCAAAGAUCAUAAGGAGGGAUCGGAACUUAAAGGCAGACCUAUAUACACGCAGCUACAAAUACACCCGCAACUUCUCUGUCCAAGUACCUAG